GCAGUUAACCAAACACUCGGUCUUUGUAGAUUUUUCAAUUUUUCUUGUAGUUCACUAUGACUGGUAUGAGAAUCAUCCUCGUUGGUCCCCCCGGUGCUGGUAAGGGUACCCAAGCUCCCAACAUUCAAAAGAAGUACGGCAUUGCUCACCUUGCUACUGGUGACAUGUUGCGUUCUCAAGUUGCUCGCGGUACUGAUCUUGGUAAGGAAGCUAAGCAGAUUAUGGACCAAGGUGGUCUUGUCAGCGAUGAUAUUGUUGCUGGUAUGAUUCGCGAUGAAUUCUUGAACAACCCCGCCUGCAAGAACGGCUUCAUCCUUGACGGUUUCCCUCGUACCGUCGUUCAAGCUGAAAAGCUUAGUGAAUUGCUUAAGGAUUUGAAGCUCGAAUUAAACGCUGUUCUUGAAUUGCAAGUUGACGAUGAAUUGUUGGUCCGUCGUAUCACCGGCCGUCUCGUCCAUCCUGCUUCUGGCCGUAGCUACCACACCGAAUUCAAUCCCCCUAAGGUCCCCAUGAAGGAUGAUGUUACCGGUGAACCUUUGGUUCAGCGUUCCGAUGACAAUGCUGAUGCUUUGCGCAAGCGUUUGGUUACUUACCAUAGCCAAACCACCCCUGUUGUUGACUACUUUAAGAAGGAGAACAAGUGGCACUGUAUUGAAGCUGCUCAAAAGCCUGAACAAGUCUGGCAACAAAUUCUUGAAGUCCUUGAAAAGUCUUCUUAAGUGUAUAGUUUACCCAAGUAUAUCUUUUGAAACAGGUUCAAUUCAUAGGGUUACGGUUUUACUUCAAUUAGACAUUGUUAGAGCCUAGUAUGAAGUCAAUUCCUGCAUAGACGUAUUUCAAUACAACUUUUGAUUUUAUAAUACGACUCCAAAGGACGUAACUGUAGACAUAAAACAAAUAUUAACAUUAAUUAAGC